AUGCAGAUACUGUCUUUGCUCCGCCAGCAGCGAGCCCAGCUGGUUGAUGUCCACGAGCUUGUAAGCGAGCUGCGACUGCUUCGCCGUAGCAGGAGGUCGUCGCUGCAGGACGAGUCGCUGCAGGGCGUCCACGACCUCGUGAGCGAGCUGCAGCUGCUCGACAGCAGGCUUGAGGUGACCGGAUGCCAGGGAGAGCGGCGGCAGCAGAGGCGCGUGUCUUUCGGCGACGCAGCGGAGCAGUUUGGUCCGUCGGGGUCGGCCACGCAGGAGCGCCACCUCCAGGACCCGAGGAAGAGAAAGCGCACGGCGCAGCUGCUGACGAGAUGCCCUGCACACUCGUGGACGGCGAGCAGAGGCGGGUUGAUGAUUCCCGUGAGGACGUUGCAGAAGGCCAGGAGGCAUCCAGGGCCAUUCGUGAGGAAGAUCAUGGCCUCUUCAGUACGGCAUCCAUGA